GACGGAGUACUCGAUCACGCCAUCGCCCUUCACCGCCAUCAACACCACUGCCACCUUCACUUACUGGCUUCCAUUCUUUCAACCGCUAUAUAUAGUGAUAGCACUGUCGCGCCGCCGCCCUGGCAACGAUCUGCCUAACCCAAACACCCCACUCGCACUCUUCGAUAGAUAGACACGUCGCGACCCUACAGCCUGCUAACAUUGGAAUACUCUAGUUCACGCGACUCUGAGCCAUGGCUGAGGAACCGGCGGCAACCGCCGUUCCAACGAUGGAAAAGGCGGUUGAGGAAGCUGCAACUCCUCCGCUCAUAUCCCCUCCCGAAUCCAAGACGCCACCUACAGCUUCACAUAAGCGCAACCAACUCGACGUUGCGCUGGGUGCGCGUGAUGGAAAUUCCGAACCCGUGGAUCCUACGGCUUUGUCCCGCGCCCUGGAACACUUCGAGCAGGCUGGAAAGGUUAGAGAGCGAACACCAACCGCCAGCCCAAGCAGAAAGCGCCAAAGGAUCUAUGGAGACAGAUUCAUCCCGAACCGAUCAGGACAGGAUCUCCAAGCAAGUUUCUCCCUUCUUCAUGAAGAUGGAUCGCCAGCAACCCCUUCACGAUCAGCGCGCCGGUCAGCCUACAACGAGUUGAAUUUCCAGAAAACUGAGGAAGCAAACCGAACUUAUUCUGCAGUUCUUAGGCAGGAGAUGUUUGAAUCAACUGUCCCACAAGCGCUGGCCCAGAACUUAUCGCCAUCCGACAGUGCCAAUCUCCGGAAUUCUGGACGUUCUCAUACACCACCUGCGCGGACCACCGCCACUCUCCCCGCUCCCGAACUCACACCAUCAACCCCUCACAAAAACCUCUUCUCGUAUCAAUCCUCACGUCACAAUUCAGGGCAGCCUACCCCGUCAAGAACGCCGCAAAGCCGACAUACCAUCAAUCUCAACACCCGGUCCGAAAUCUAUAGUCUCUCGCCUGUGAAGUAUAGCAGCCAACGGAUGUUGUUGAGUCCCCAAAAGACCCCGCGCGCCGUGGCCAAAGUCCCGUAUAAGGUCCUCGACGCCCCCGAUCUUGCAGACGAUUUCUAUCUUAACCUAGUGGACUGGGGCAGCCAAGGUACUCUAGGCGUCGGUUUGGGAUCGUGCGUCUACAUGUGGAACUCGAACUCGGGCCGUGUCACCAAGCUUUGUGAGCUGCAAGACGACACGGUCACGAGUGUGAACUGGAUCCAAAGAGGAUCGCAUAUUGCCAUCGGCACCAAUAGAGGGUUCGUGCAGAUCUGGGAUGCACAGACGCAGCGUCGGCUACGAACCAUGACGGGCCAUACUGGCCGAGUCGGAGCCCUUGCAUGGAACGAACACAUCCUCACUUCCGGGUCAAGGGAUCGACUCAUCUAUCACCGAGACGUGCGACAGCCCGAGCAAUGGCUGCAGAAACUAGUCGGCCAUAAGCAGGAAGUCUGUGGCUUGAAGUGGAACAGUGCGGACGGUCAACUAGCCAGCGGCGGCAACGACAACAAGCUCAUGGUCUGGGAGAAACUCAAUUCUGAACCCACCUUCAAGUGGAGCGAACACCAGGCCGCCGUAAAAGCCAUCGCCUGGAGUCCGCAUCAACGUGGCCUUCUCGCUAGCGGUGGUGGAACGGCAGACCGAACAAUCAAGUUCUGGAACACGAUGAUAUCCCCAGAUGGGCCUUCGGCUUCCUCGCUUGCCUUAUCGGCAGCCUCUGCUUCUGUCUCGGGUGCAGGCAGUGUGCCGACAUCUCCUACUACUCCGGCUAACUUGAUCAACAGCCUGGACACAGGUAGCCAAGUGUGCAACCUUGCCUGGUCGCGGAAUAGUAACGAGAUAGUGUCGACGCAUGGAUACAGCCAAAACCAGAUCAUUGUCUGGAAAUAUCCCAGCAUGCGUCAGGUCGUUUCUCUCACCGGCCACACCUAUCGUGUUCUCUACCUAGCAAUGAGCCCCGACGGCCAAGUCAUUGUUACCGGUGCGGGAGACGAGACCUUGCGGUUCUGGCAGGCCUUUAAGAAAAAGGAAAAGUCCGGCAGUCUUGCCAACAUGGAUACCUGGGGCAGCAUUCGGUAAAUCACACUUCGAAUGCACCCAUGCGACUGGAUACAUCUGGACACAAUCCGCCAACGCCAACCGAAGGGACGCAGUCGUCUCCUUGUAUUAUUAUAUCUAUAUGCUCGACCAUCUCACGCCCCAAAUAGUGCAUUAUGCGGAGUCUUUUGGACAUCAGGGGUUACGACCACCACCAUUGGGUUAUUUCAUAUUUCCAGG